AUGUCACUAUCCUCAACCACAGAGGCCCCUGUGCUGACACCUCAGUUCUGCUUCGAUGAAAAACUACUCCGAGCAUUGACUUUAGACUUCCUUCGCUUGUCUCGGUCUACAAUAGAUGACUCGAUUGCGCAGAAUUUAAAUGCCUUGGUGACUCCUGCUCGUGCGGGCUUUGAUCCAUCCUCUACUGCGGCCCGGCAAACGGAUUCUGGGACUCAGAAAACGAUCGAUUCUGCGGCUUGUCAGGGCUUUAAGGAUAACGUGCUCUUUUCAUCAUGGCAGACUCGAUCGGAUGUUCUGAAUUACUGUGCCGGCGUGGCGACCAGUCCAGAUCCUGAAGACCCCGAUUUGAUCCUUCGAGAAACAGAAUCCGCACGGGACCGCGAGCGCGUUGUCAAUGAGAGACUAGAUCCAUACUCAGCUCGAUUUUUCCCUCGAGAGGCACGAACUGAAUCGCUAGCAAACCUCAUUCGGAACCAGCGCACAGUGGAGGAAAUCAUUCGGAUGCGAACAUGGGGCUUGGUGAGUGAAAGAUGUGGGGGCUCUUCAGUGUCUUGGGAAGAGGCCCUCGACAAUUGGCGGAAGAGUCAUCGACCGUGA